AUGUUCGUCUCUUCCCUUCUCGCGAUCGGCCUGGCGCCAUUGCUCGCAUCCGCCGCUCCCUCUUGGUCCACCGGUCCAACAACCGACUACGCCACCAAGGCUAGCACCAAAACCUGCAGUGUCCUCGACUACGACGGCGUCGCCGAUGGAAAGACUGAUAUCGGCCCGGCCAUCAGCUCUGCCUGGGAUGACUGUAAAGAGGGCGGCGUGGUGUAUAUCCCGUCUGGCGAGUAUGCCCUCGGGUCAUGGGUGACUCUGACCGGUGGAAAGAGUACCGCUAUUCGUAUGGAUGGUACUAUCUAUCGCACCGGCUCGGAUGGAGGCAACAUGAUCUUUAUCGAGCAUACCUCCGACUUUGAACUGUUCAGUUCCAACUCCAAGGGUGCGGUGCAGGGGUACGGGUAUGAGUUCCACAAGGAGGGAUCUCUGAGUGGACCUCGUAUUUUACGUCUGUAUGAGGUUACGGACUUUUCAGUUCAUGAUUUGAUUCUGGUUGACGCGCCUGCUUUCCAUUUCUCCAUGGAUACUUGCUCUAAUGGUGAGGUUUAUAACAUGGCUAUUCGUGGUGGUGACUCUGGUGGCUUGGAUGGUAUUGAUGUGUGGUCGAAUGAUAUUUGGAUUCACGAUGUCGAGGUCACCAACAAGGACGAGUGUGUCACUGUCAAGAGUCCCUCCAAGAGCAUCCUGGUUGAGAACAUCUACUGCAACUGGAGCGGUGGCUGCGCCAUGGGUUCGCUCUCCACCGACGUUGACAUUAGCGACAUCACCUACCGCAACAUCUACACCUGGUCCUCCAACCAGAUGUACAUGAUCAAGAGCAACGGCGGCAGUGGCUCUGUUUCCGACGUCACCCUAGAGAACUUCAUCGACAUCGACCAAGCAUGGAGCAGCAUGUCAACCGUCUCCGGCGACGGCGUCCAACUGAACAACAUCACAAUCAGCAACUGGAAAGGCACCGAAGCGAACGGGGCCCAGCGCGGCCCGAUCAAGGUGAACUGCGCACCCGGCGCACCUUGCACCGAUGUCACCAUUGAAGACUUCGCGAUGUGGACCGAGGAGGGCGACUACCAGACCUACGUCUGCAACAGCGCCUACGGCUCCGGCGAGUGUUUGAAGGAGGAGAGCGGCGAUGUCACUUCGUACUCGACUACUGUUACUGUCAGCGCUGCGCCGACUGGUUACUCGGCUGCUUCUAUGGCUGCUGAUUUGGCUACUGCUUUUGGAACGGAUUCUGAGAUUCCUAUUCCUACUAUUCCUACUUCGUUCUAUCCUGGUGCGACGCCAUUUAGUGCGUUGGCUGCUAAGGCUAGCUCUGCUUAG